AUGUCCUUCGGAUUCCCCGAGUCAACGAUUUGUGCUCUUCGUGAGAUGUGUGAAUCGUUUGAUGUGGAUCGAAUUGGAUACAUUUCGUCGAUUCAAUUGAUGCAAGCAAUGAAUGGAGUUACUGGGAUGCAGUUGUCAAAACAUCAAAUUGAUGGAAUGCUUGAUGAAACGAAUACGAAUGGAGAGGGACAAGUCAAUUAUGAAGAUUUCUUGAAGAUGAGA